AUGUCGGGGGCUAAAGCAGACAAAGCUCCGGUGGAUCUGGUCCAUCAAAACGCGAUCCACGUGGAGACGGUCCGCAAGGAGCUCAGGACCCUGCGGCUCCACACGCACUUCAGCCUCAGCCCGCACAAAAAACUACAUCCCAUUCAAGACAAGCCCAUGUCCAAAAAACCACAAGAGGUGGACAUAGAGGACUCGGACUUCAUUACAGCUUUCCACACGGCUCGCCUGGAACCUACAAAGAAGUACACCCACCCACAGACGGAGAGUCAGGCGAUAGGAUGGAUAUCAACGCCACUGAUUGUGUCGGACCGCAGUGACAGAAGAUUCCACUUCCACAGACAGGGCUCAGAUGUCUCCAAAUACAUGGAAACAGCCAGUCGCUUCUUAAAAUAGACCCAGAAUCAGUUCAACAGCACGGAGACAACACAAAGUUUGGGGAGAGGGACGUAUGG